CGUGCACCACUCCGUGAAGGAAAACUCUCGUAAACCACGCGGAAAACUUUGGGAAACUUUUUCGGACACCAACGGAAAAAUGGAACUUUAAGUUUGUGCCAUGUCGAUGGUUUUUUCGGAAGAACGGAGCUAUCAAGAUGAUAUUUUUGCUAGAAAUCAUUCUAAUAUUAACGUAGAUACUUCAGAAAAUAUGAUUUCCACGGAGUACCUCAGCGGUAUACACAGCAUCCUCCAGGCUCACGCCGAUGACAACGACGUCCACAAGAACUCCGUUCUGGAGAUAAAGUCCAAUGAAGCUGUUAUUGUGUUCAACUCUUCAGUUAACACUACAGAGUCCGUGUUUAUACCAGAACUGUUUUACAGACACUCCAUGGCCAUGACCACGGUCUACUGUGUAGCAUAUCUGUUGGUGUUUGCACUUGGACUGGUUGGUAAUUUCUUUGUGAUCGCAGUGGUGUUUCGAUCGCCCAGAAUGAGAACUGUUACAAACUUUUUUAUCGUUAAUUUAGCGGUGGCUGAUAUAUUGGUAAUCGUCUUCUGCCUACCUGCAACACUGAUGUCCAAUAUUUUCGUUCCUUGGAUACUUGGAUGGUUGAUGUGCAAGACUGUACCGUAUAUACAGGGUGUGUCCGUCGCUGCUUCUGUCUACAGUUUGGUUGCAGUUUCUUUAGACAGAUUUCUUGCGAUAUGGUGGCCUCUGAAGUGCCAAAUCACUAAGCGAAGAGCGAGGAUCAUCAUCAUUUUUAUCUGGUUCGUCGCUUUGACCACUACCAUCCCGUGGGCGAUUUUCUUCGACUUGGUGGUCAUCUUUAGCGACGCUCCCAACGUCCAACUCUGCAUCGAAGUAUGGCCUGAAGAAAUGAACGGAUCUCUGUAUUUUCUUACUGCCAAUCUUCUCUUCUGCUACAUUUUCCCGAUGAUUCUCAUCACCAUGUGUUACGUCCUAAUUUAUAUUAAGGUCUGGAAACGGGAUAUUCCCACCGAUACCAAAGACGCUCAAAUGGAAAAGAUGCAGCAAAAAUCCAAGGUUAAAGUGGUCAAGAUGCUGAUAGCAGUGGUCAUAUUGUUUGUUAUAUCUUGGUUACCACUGUACGCCAUUUUCGCUAGGAUUAAAUUAGGUGGAGACAUCGAACCAUGGGAGGAAGAGAUUCUACCGAUAGCUACUCCCGUGGCCCAAUGGUUAGGAGCAUCCAAUUCCUGUAUCAAUCCGAUUCUUUACGCUUUUUUCAAUAAGAAAUAUAGAAGAGGUUUUGUAGCCAUCAUCAAGAGCAGAAAAUGUUGCGGAAGACUGAGAUAUUACGAAACCGUGGCUUUGAUGUCGUCGUCCACUAGUAUGAGAAAGUCGUCACACUUUUACAACAACAACUCUUCAACAAGAAAAGUGCCGCCCGUACAAGACAACGCAGUCUCCUACAUAUACAACAAUACCGGGGUCUGAACCCUGAAACGGUCCACCCCCGUUUAAAAGGGCUUGGUUCAACUUGUGACCAUUUUGCUCACCGUUUUACGAAAGAAAUUUCGACCUAGACGUUUCGGCAACGAGUCAUUGACUAUGUUCAUGAAACCAACCAACCAACCAAAAAAAAUCAUUGUACCAUAAAUGUAUUGAAUUUGUCUCGACGUAAGAAUAAGAGAAAAAUUUGUAGUUUUAAGGAAACCAAGGCAGAAAUUUUGGUAUCACAGUACCUUAUUUGUAAGCUUAUGGCAGAAAAUUGUAGUGACCGACACUUUGAAACAGAUCUAAGAUAAUAUAUCUUUUUAACGAUAUUGUACUUCACCUGAAGCGUGUCUUAAAACAAAACUUGUUGAUAUCGUAGUAGAUUUUUGGGUUUUGUGUUCAUCGUACGAGAAGCGUUGGGUUAACUUACAUUUGAUAUAUCUCUAUAGGGUUUCAGAAAUAGAAAAGUACAUAUAAGUAACUUUCUGCUUGAAGGUUUGAUUAAAAAAAUACAACCGACUAUAAUAUAGUCUAUAUUUUGCCCACAUAUGAAUCAAAAACACGUAAAUCUGAACAAAACAAGUUAUAUAUUUAAUGAGUUAUAUUAGGUUAAUUAAUAUUUAUGAGCCAAGCCGCAGAUGAAUUGGAAAAAAACUAAUGUGCAACACAAUAUUAUUUUUCUGAUUUAGAAUGUACUUAACUAUAAGCCCGUGCCUAAUGGUACACAGCCUCAAUGCUUAAUGCUCAAAAAUGUUUGUUCUCUUUUGGAUGACCUAUAACUCAAAAAGAAAUUGAGUAAGUAAUGCGAAGUAGUAGUGUUCAACCUAGGGGGUGAGGCAUGCUUUUCCAGGUGUAUAGCACUCUCACAUGUCUCAUCUGUUUUGUUUGCUUUUUUAUAUUGUUUUUUUAUUUUUUUUUAUAAAGCUAACUAUCCUAUUUUAUUAACUAACCUAUUCCAAAGUAAGUUGUCGAUCGAAGUAUCACAGAAAACGAUAAUAAAUAUCGUUCCCAUAUCACCAGAUUGACAACAGGUGGAAUACUUUCUUUGGUUACAACCUCCCGAGAUUUUCAAAAAUUAUAAAUCAUACAGGAUGCCGUUGUCAAUCUGGUGGUAUGGGAACGAUAUUUAUUAUCGUUUUCUGUGAUACUUCGAUUGAUAACUUACUUUGUUUUUCGGUAGAUGGCUCUACUACAUCCGUGACAUUUCGUUCUUUGCAAUUCGGAAAGGCCCAAAGUGUGAUGACUGGGGAAAUCGGAGAGAAGAGGAUAUGGGACUACUGAUGAGGAGGAAAAAUCCUCCGAAACCGGUAUAGACUCUUCCUGCACUCUCCGAUUUGACCAGAGUAUUAUGCAGCUGCUGCAUUUUCGUGUUGCAAAGAAAUUGAAAAUGUUUAUACAUUUUAACAUAUUUCAUUUGCCAGGGCCUCGAUUUUUGACCCUUCGCUUCGUUAUCGAACGUAUUCGCUUCGUAUACUAAACAGAUAUUUUUGACCCUUCGCUUCGUUAUUGAACGUAUUCGCUUCGUAUACUAAACAGAUACGAAACGAACACGUUCGAUAACGAAGCAAAGGGUCAAAAAUCGAGGCCCAGGUCCAGUGCAAUGUCAACCCGAUAGUUCCUUGAGUAAAAUUUAAAUAUUAAGCAGUUUUAUGUCCAGAAAGACCUUUGUUAUGAAUGGAAUAUCGAAAAUCGUUAGAUAAACACUUGUCGUGAAUGAUUUUGACAAGUAAUCAAAUUAAAUAACUCAUUUAACGUCAUAAAUUAUUUAUUCAACGCACACAUAAUAUAGUUUGUAGAAAAAAGAUACGCAAGAUAUUUUGGAUAAAGAAAUCACUUUUUGUGUAAUUGUCCAAUUGCUUUGCGCCAGACAUUACUUUCCGUUUUGUUUAUUUUAUAAGUAUUUUGUUUAUUUUAUAAUUACUGUGAAAUAAAUUCUAAUUCAGAAAAAUAAAAUUGUGUUAUAUACUGGUUUCGGUCUAAUCCAUAUGGGCCUGUGCUCGUAUAUUUAUUGUUAUUCGAUAUUCAGACAAUUACUGAAAUUAAAAAUGGGUGCAAUGAAAUAAUUAUUUUCUGUAAUAUCUUUCAAAGCAUAUUGAUAAGGUUUAUUCAGACUUAACAGCGGUUUAGCAGGCAGAACUAGAAGUUGAGCACAAUGUAGCCAUUCGUUAACCCAUACUGCCCAGUUUAUUAAUCCCAAAUAUUUUUCGAUUGGAUGGGGGCCUUCUUAUCAAAAGCCACAACCUUUCUCUUGGCAUAAAAGUAAAAAUUCUCUUACCUGUACUUUUUUGUGGAUGUUCAAUGGUGGACCUUGAACGAAAACAUGUGCAGAAAAUUUGAAGCAUUUAAGAUUUGACUAUAUUGGAGAAUACUGAAAAACCCGUGGACUGACUGGGUCACAAAUGAGGAAGUCCUCAGAAAAAUGAAGAAGAACCGAGAGUUACUCACCACCAUCAAAUCUCGAAAGUUAAAAUACUUGAGACACGUUAUGCGAAAUUAAUCCAAAUAUAAACUCCUACAAGCUAUCCUGCAAGGAAAAAUAUUUGAAAAGCGAGGUCCAGAAAGAAGAAGAUCAUCCUGAUCAUCCAGCUUUAAAGAACCUCAGAAUCUGGUUCGACACAACAUCUGUGCAGCUUUUCCGUGCUGCUGCAGAUAAGAUAAAGAUUGCCAUAAUGAUCGCCAACAUUCGUCACGGAUAGGCACAUUAAGAAAAAGGAAUCUUGUCGUGUACAUUCAUUUUUUAGCGAUUUAUUAAAAAAAUUUCGGAAGGAAUAUUUUUCAGAGCUUUUCAAUCUUUCUUUACAAUAAAAGAAUCUUCCGUGAUGGUAAACUCACUAAGUUUUUCUUCUUCUGUAUUAAGUGCCUUUUUCCUCAUGAACAUUGAGCACAGUUCGCAUGCUCUUUACUUUAUCCGAAGCAGAUCUAAAGAAUGUCAAGGUACUAACUCCGUGCCACUGGCGGAGGUUCUUGAGCUAGAAUAUUCUUCGUCGUUCAGGACCACGUUUCCCUUCUAUUUUUCCUUGAAUAAUUACAUGCAGCAAUUCAUAUUUAUGAUUUUUCUUUACGUGGGCAAAGUACUCCAACUUUCUCCUUUUUUAUGAUAUUCAGAAACUCUCUUUCUUUGUUUAGAUAGGUACUGAAGAUCUGACGUGUAUAAGUCCUGCCAUACGGUAUAUUCCGAUUAUAUGCAAAAAUAUUGUCAAUAGAUAUUUUCCAUUCUUGCAAUUAUUGUUCUUUUGUGUUCUAAGAAAUUGGCAUCGUUCAUUCAUAAGAAUCCUAUAUAAUAGAAUCUUUUUAUAUUGAUCUGUAGUUUGUCUGAUUUGUUUGUACACAUUAAACGUGUCGUCUUUAGUCUACAACUGUUCUAUAUCCCUACAUUGUCCAGUUCUAAUCAUAGACCUGAUUUCUUUUCGUAUUUCUUUGAACCAGAUGGGACUGCUAUUUUUGUUUAAUCUGCCAAGGUCCAUUCAAUUUAGAAUGUCCUGUAGCCACGUUGUCCAUAUUUAUUACUCUAAUUUAUAUUGGAACACAGUCCCUGUAUCUUGAUUUAAUUUUCCAACAUUCAAUCUCAGUUGAACUACAUGUCACCUGUGAUAUUUCAAGUACUGUUACAAAACAAUUAAAGCUCAAUAUACUAUUUUGUUUUGGAUCUUGCAUAGUUGUGUUAUAUUGUGAUUUUGACAUCAAUUUUCGCUGUUAACUACAACACUAUUAAUUACUAUUGGAAAUAAAAGAAUUUUUAGAAAAGGGUUGGAAAUAUGUCAAUAUAUAGAAUAGAAAAAAAUUGAUUGUUAACUUUUAAUUUAAACUGUAUGGCUUUGAAAUAAAAAAUGUACUCGGUUUGAAAGAUCAUUGAAAAACCAUGCCUUUUUUUUAUCCAGGAAUAUGCAUCGCAUCGGGCAUCAUCUUUUUCCUCUUCCACCUCUCAAUUAUGUUUCCUUCAAUUCAAUUGAAUAUGUAUUCAAACAUAAUACAGGGUGAUUGAUUAGUA